GGAGAACUACACCUGGUUUAAGGUGAAUGAGUCCACUCCAGUAGGAUCAGGACAGCAGUACAGCAUCACUAACAUCAGAUCUGAGGAUGGAGGACAGUACUACUGUGAGGCCAGGAACAAAUAUGGAGCUGGGAACUCAUCUGCUGUGUCCAUCACAGUUACAGGGUUUGCUGUUGAUGGUAAUGAGCUGUGUGACUUCUCUGUCUUUCAUGGUCCUGAUCACAACUCAAGGUGUGUGUGGUCAGCAGUGGAGUGUCACUUACCAGCCUGAGAGCAUCUGUGCUUUUGAGGGACAGUCAGUGGACAUGUCCUGCUCUUACACCUACCCCAGUGGGCUGUACAAUAUACAAGCUUACUGGACAAAAGUGCAUUUCCGUAAACUCCAUUCUGACAGAAACUAUAACACCAGGAUCCAUGUUGAUUGCAGCAGAGUUGGGAGAUGCCAGUUACGCAUGAACUCAUUAACUACAUCAGACACUGGUCUGUAUUACUGCAGGAUAACAACACAAACUGAAGGUCAAAAGUGGAUUGGACAGCCAGGUGUUCAACUGGAUGUCAGAGAUGCCCCUCAGACUCCAUUCGUGUCCAUCAGUCCCUCUGGUGACAUAGUGGAAGGAACAAACGUCACUCUGACCUGCAGCAGCAGAUCUGAUCUACCAGUGCAGAAAUGCAGCUGGUACAAGACUGGUAGCCAUGUAGCCCUGCAGCAACAAUCUUCAUACACUUAUACCAUGUAUAACAUCAAGCCAAUACACAGUGGACAAUAUUACUGUCAGAUAAGAUAUGAAUGUGGCUAUACAGGUUCAUAUCUUUUUAACCUGGAGGUUUCCUAUCUUCCAAAAAACACCCACAUUGUGAUUAACCAACUUGGAGACAUUACUGCGGGAAACCCAGUGACUCUGACCUGCAUGAGUGAAGCUGACCCACCAGUACACACAUACACCUGGAUCAAGAAGAGUGGAGCUGUAGAACUGAAGUCAGGAAAGGAGAACACACUCACCUUCAGCAAGAUCCGUUCUGAGGACAGUGGAGAGUAUCUCUGUCGAGCAGCCAAUAGGAUUGGUCAACAAAAUUCUUCUGCUGUGUCUGUCAAAGUCCUAUAUCAUCCAAAGAACACAACAGUCAAGUCUUCUGCAUCUGGUGAAAUCACUGCGGGAAACCCAGUGACUCUGACCUGCAUGAGUGAAGCUGCCCCACCAGUACACACAUACACCUGGAUCAAGAAGAGUGGAGCUGUAGAACUGAAGUCAGGAAAGGACAACACACUCACCUUCAGCCAGAUCAGUUCUGAGGACAGUGGAGAGUAUCUCUGUCGGGCAGCCAAUAGGAUUGGCAAACAGGACUCUCCUGCUGUGUCUGUCCAGGUUUUAUAUGCACCACAGAACACAACUGUUUUAUUUUCUGAGUCUGGUGUGAUUGUCAAGGGCACUUCAGUGACUCUGACCUGCAGCAGUGAUGCCAACCCACCAGUGGAGAGCUACACCUGGUUUAAGGUGAAUGAGUCCACUGCAGUAGGAUCAGGACAGCAGUACAGCAUCACUAACAUCAGCUCUGAGGAUGGAGGACAGUACUACUGUGAGGCCAGGAACAAAUAUGGAGCUGAGAACUCAACUACUGUGUCCAUCACUGUUACAAGAGAGCAGAGUCCACUAGUGACUGCUGUGGUUGUAGUCUCUGUGUGUGGAGUGGUGGGUCUGCUGUGUGUGCUUGUCUGGCUGAGGCAGAUGAAAAGGAGUCAGGAACCAGGUGGACAGGACCAGCACUACUUCAGUGUCACCGGCCAGAGCACAGCUGCUGAGGAUGCAGGAGGAGCAGAGGAUGCUGGUCACUACUCCACCAUCCAGCCCCACGGCUCCACACACACAGCAGGAGCUCAGGGGGACGAAGUUCUGUACGCCAGUGUCCAGUUCAAGAAGGCAGGAGCUGCAAAGGGUUCCCCUGUUCAGCCAGAAGGGGAGCCCUCUCCCAUCUACAGCAGUGUGCAGCCAAGAGUGGAUAACUCUGUGGUCUACAGCGGUGUUCAGCCCAGAGGCAUCUAGCAAAGGAGAGACUCCACUCACACAGAAGGGAUGAAAUGUUUUCAUGUUCAACUGUAGACUUGAACAGAGACACAGAAGGGCUGAUGAACAUGAAUGUAUUUUGUAUUUGUAUUUUAAUGGAGUUUUCUCACACAAGUCUAUCUGCAGUGUGCCUGCCUUUUUUAACUGCUCUUGUGAAUGCAUAAGGUGAACUUGGCAUUUUCAUGCUAUUAAGUGUUUGUUACUAUUAGCAUAUUAGCAUUUGAACUUUCUUAUGUAUUAGCCUUAUUCACCCAGCGGCCAGAACGAGGCUAAAGGGUACACUUGCCAUUACACCUCAGUCCAGCAGAUGGUGGUGGUAAUGCACUC